CCUCCACACCCCCCUCUGCAGGCGGCGCGCGGGGACGCGGGCGGGCGCUCGCCCCGCGCCAGGGCCACCUUAAGGCCGCGCUCGCCAGCCUCGGUGGGGCGGCUCCCGGCGCCGCGACCAAUGGAUCUCCUCCUCUGUUUAAAUAGACUCGCCGUGUCAAUCAUCUUCUUCUUCGUCAGCCUCCCUUCCACCGCCAUAUUGGGCCACUAAAAAAGGGGGCUCGUCUUUUCGGGGUGUUUUCCGCCCCCUCUCCUCUCUCCACUUUCUCUGCGCGCGGCGCGGCUUGGACGGCGCAAGGCUCAGGGAGCUGCGGCGUGCAGACACCCGCGGGCUCGCUCCGGCUGGGACUUGGACCGGCCACCCCUCCCGCUCCUCCCCUCCCCUCCCCGCCCUCUCGUGCGCCCGCACACUUGAUCGGCGGAGGCGGCGGCGGCAGCGGCGGCUUGGGCUGUGCGGCCGGGGCUUCCCCGCUCGGCUCCCGCACCCUGCGCGCCCCCUUAGUGCGGCGGCGACUCGCCUUGGUCAGUCUCUUGGCUCCUAGCACAGUAGUACGCGCGCGCCGGGCUCGGCUGCGUCUGGGCGCCCGGCUGCGUUCGGUUUUGUUUUGCGGAUAGCCCGCGAUAGAGGAGAGGCGGUGGGGGUCCAGACCGGGCCCAGGGGGGUCAAGAUGUCUAACGUGAGAGUGUCCAACGGGAGCCCAGUCCUGGAGCGCACAGACGCCAGGCAGGCGGAGCACCCCAAGCCGUCCGCCUGCAGAAACCUCUUCGGUCCGGUGAAUCACGAAGAGUUGAGCCGGGACCUGGAAAAGCACUGCCGAGACAUGGAGGAGGCGAGCCAGCGCAAGUGGAAUUUCGACUUCCAGAAUCACAAGCCCCUGGAGGGCAAGUACGAGUGGCAGGAGGUGGAGAAGGGCAGCUUGCCCGAGUUCUACUACAGACCUCCUCGGCCGCCCAAAGGCGCCUGCAAGGUGCCAGCGCUGGAGAUCCAAGACCUCAGCGGAACUCGUCCCGCCGCGCCGGGUGCGGGGUCCCAGGCCAACUCCGAGGAUACGCACCUGGGGGAUCCAAAAACAGAACAGUCGGACGGCCCGACGGCCUUGGCCGAGCAGUGCGUCGGGAUGAGGAAGCGACCUGCUACGGAUGAUACUACCCCUCAAAACAAAAGAGCCAACAGAACAGAAGAAAACGUUUCAGACGGUUCCCCGAACUCCGGUUCGGUAGAGCAGACGCCCAAGAAGCCGGGCCUCAGAAGACGUCAGACGUAAACAACUCGCCUUCAGAAUAUGUUUCCUUGUUUGUCAGAGACACCCCAGCUUGAGGAAGCAAGGAAGAUGUACAUGACCAAUUUAAAGACGUAUGGCUGACUCCAUGGAAUGGACAUCUUGUAUAAGCACUGAACAGCAACAACACCAUAACACUAAAAUGUUUAGGCACUCUUAAAUGAUCUGCCUCUAAAAGCAUUGGAUGUAGCAUUGUGCAAUUAGGUUUUUCCUUAUUUGCUUCAUUGUACUACCUGUGUAUAUAGUUUUUACCUUUUAUGUAGCACAUAAACAUUGGGGGCAGGGGAGGGCAGGGUGGGGCUGCAGAAUUGGCAUGGGUGGGUAUGAAGAGCUGGCUUCGGUUGAUAGCAAGGAAGAAAAUAUUUGACUUGCAAGAAGAGAAGCAAUUGGAUGAAGAUUGAAUUGUUUUCUUUAAAGAUGUAAUGUCCCUUUCAGUGAAAAGUGAUAUAUUUUUAAAUCAUCACCAUUUGAACACUGGCUACAAAUAGUUGCUUUUUAUUUUUAUAGGAAGCUUACUUUUAUUUGGGCCCUCCAAUGAUUCUUCUAAGCAGCAGCAAAUGGCUUAAAAAAAAAGCAACCAAAAAUUAUCCCAGUGCCUCCCCCUAAAGUGUCUUUAAGUUGGAAGUUAGCAGUUAAUUAUUCAGCUGUUUGCUAAUCACUCCAGGAAGUUCUAGGCAGAAACCUUGAGGUGGACAUGGGCCGGAAUUCUGGACCCUCAGAAUUGACCAUGUAUUUUUGUCACACCAGCUGAGAAAUUUUUCUUACAUUUUUGUUUCACUUUGGGUUUUGUGGACACAGUCAAAAUAAUCUUUAAAAAUCUAUAACUUCACACACACA